AUGCAAAAAUUGAUCUUGUUACUAUUCUGCGUAGUAGCAGUUAAAUCAGAUGUUCCGGAAACUAGAAUUAUCGGAGGUGCUCCAGCUCAAAAAGGACAAUUUCCGUAUCUGGCCGCAGUAAUUACAACUUUUUGUUCAGAAUAUGAUGUCCUCGGAAAAUGUUCUAAAAACGGAACUAUUUUUUGUGGUGGAUCAAUAAUAUCUGCAUGCACCAUUUUAACUGCAGCUCAUUGUGUCAACAUAUCACAAGAAAGGCUAGAAAUCGAAGUUGUUUUGGGAGCUCAUAACGUGAAUAAUCGUCUUGAAUCUGGCCAGAUCCGAAUUAAAAUCGGAAAAUCAGACUUAAGCGAGCAGGUCAAAGUCCAUCAAAAUUUUACUAAUGGCCAAUUUUUAUACGACAUUGCUGUCAUAAAUUUAAAAACGGCAAUUAAUUUGAACGGCCCAUUAAUCAAAAGUAUAAAUUUGACAAAAUUAGAAAACAGUGCAAACUUAUUUGGAAGAGACGUUAAAGCUAUUGGUUGGGGAAAAAACGGCAUUUCCACAAAAAGUAUUCAAGAUGCUCCAUAUUAUGUGGAUCUGAUGGCAGCGGAAGAAGGAUGCGCAGCCCUUUUUCUGGAACUCACUAAUAAUCUCAGUUCACCAAUUGGAAAUAAUGUACAAGCGCAACACAUUUGCGUGGCAUCAACGGCAUUGGCUGCUGGGCAAGGUGUUUGUGACGGUGAUUAUGGCGGACCAUUGAUUAUGAACGUGAAGGCUAAAUACCAAGUAUUACCGAUAACAACGUUGCUUGACUAUCUGUUGGCAACUUUACUAUCAAGUCUUUACUAUCGAGAGGUUGAAGUUCUAUUUCAACCUGGCAUCGGAAGUUUUGGUUCUGGCAAUUGUAUUGGAUCGCCUAGUGUUUUUACUCGCACUGAUUAUUUCUGGACAUGGAUCGAUGCAAAUGCAGUGUGUAAGCCCACUUACGUUACCGUAAAGAAUUUUCUUGAAAAUUCAGCAUAA